AAGUUGUGUUGACAGUAGCAGCAGGAAUUUGUCAGCGGAGUAGCAGCGAGCAUCCCCGGAGCCGAAUGGAGUGACCAGCACCUCGUUACUUCCAGAGACGCUCGACUGUUUGAAUUUAACAACACCGUCGACGGGGUUCAGACGGCGACACGAUGGCAGACGACCAGUGCUCCCAGCCCUGGUCCAUCAACAAGGAUGACUAUGUGCUCAAUGAGGUGAUAGGGAGCGGAGCCACAGCCGUGGUCCAGGCAGCGUACUGCCAGACCAGAAAGGAGAAGGUGGCCAUCAAACGCAUCAACCUGGAAAAAUGUCAGACAAGCAUGGAUGAGCUCUUGAAAGAGAUCCAAGCUAUGAGCCAGUGCCACCACCCAAACAUCGUCUCCUACUACACCUCCUUUGUGGUGAAGGAUGAGCUCUGGCUGGUGAUGAAGCUGCUUAGCGGUGGCUCGGUGUUGGACAUCAUCAAGCAUAUCAUCUCCCGCGGGGAGCACAAGUCUGGGGUACUGGACGAGGCCAGCAUAGCCACCAUCCUGAAAGAAGUCCUGGAGGGCCUGGAGUACCUGCACAAAAACGGGCAGAUUCAUCGGGAUCUGAAGGCUGGAAAUAUUCUUCUUGGGGAAGAUGGCUCCGUGCAAAUUGCAGACUUUGGUGUGAGUGCCUUUCUAGCAGCUGGAGGAGACAUGACCAGGAACAAAGUUCGGAAGACGUUUGUUGGGACGCCAUGCUGGAUGGCCCCGGAGGUCAUGGAGCAGGUCCGGGGCUACGAUUUUAAAGCCGACAUCUGGAGUUUUGGGAUUACAGCCAUCGAACUGGCCACUGGUGCCGCACCAUAUCACAAAUACCCACCCAUGAAGGUGCUGAUGCUGACCCUGCAGAACGACCCUCCCUGUCUGGAGACGGGCAUCACAGACAAGGAGAUGGUGAAGAAGUACGGCAAGUCCUUCAGGAAGAUGGUCUCCCUGUGUUUACAGAAGGAUCCAGAGAAAAGGCCAACUGCCGCUGAAUUGUUGAAGCACAAAUUCUUCACAAAAGCCAAAAACAACGAGUACUUACAGGAGAGGCUCCUACAGAAGGGCCCAACAAUAACAGAACGAUCGAAAAAGGUGCGCCGGGUGCCAGGCUCGAGCGGCCGUCUCCACAAGACGGAGGACGGCGAGUGGGAGUGGAGUGACGACGAGCUGGACGAGGAGAGCGAGGAGGGGAAGGCAGCUGUGGCAGCUCUGCGGUCGCCCAGGGUGAAGGAGGGAUCUCACAAUUUGGAGAUGUUUCCGCCCACAGACAGUUCCUCCGCUCUCCUGCAGCCGCCUGGUUCAGCACAGCAGAGCCAGGCGGCUGCGGGCCCGACAGGAGACGCUCCGUCCCAGGCGGCCCCUGCCCAGACGGCCCCCGCCCAGACGGCCCCCGCCCAGACGUCCAGCCCCUCACAUGGACCCACUGCACAGGACCCGGCUGCGGCCAGCGCCAGCGUGCCCAUCAGCCUCGUUCUGAGGCUGAGGAACGCCAAGAAGGAGCUCAAUGACAUCCGGUUUGAGUUCAUGCCCGGCAGAGACUCGGCUGACGGCGUUUCACAGGAGUUGGUCUCAGCGGGUCUGGUGGAUGGGAGGGACUUAGUCAUCGUUGCUGCCAAUUUGCAAAAGAUCGUCGAUGAUCCUCAAAGCAAUAAAAAUGUGACCUUUAAACUGGCAUCUGGCUUGGAUGAGUCUGAAAUCCCCGAUGAUGUUAAACUCAUGGGCUUCGCGCAGCUGAGCAUCAGUUAACUCAAGUGCAGCCCGCAACAAAGGACAGCAACAAAUGGUAUUGCACAGCUGCAUAGUACUCAAUUCCAAGAAACCACUACUGCCAAAGAGAGGAAGAGGAGGACGAGGAGGAGGAGGAGAGGUCAAGCCGGCAGGAGUGUGAAGCCUACUGUGGGAUGCACUCGGACCACAUUGAGAAACGGGCCCAGUUCAACACAGGAAUCACACUUGAAAAGUUUACAGUGCGCUUACAAAUUGGAGAACAGACGCAAUCAACUACAUCAACUUCUAGUUACUCGUUCUUUUCUGUUUUCUUCUUCUUCUUCUUCUUCUUCUUCAUACAUGAGCACAAUCCAACCCAUCUCCUGCCAGUACUGGAAGUGAUUGCCUUUUUUUUUUUUUUUUUUUUUUUUUUUUUUUGAGAGAGAGAGAGAGAGAGAAGAGAAAAAAAAAUCAACUGUGCCACAAAACUCACAAGAGUGUCGUGCCACCUUCAUUUGGCACUUUUCGCUACACUAUGAAUUUGUCAAGUGUAAAGGAAGCCUUAGUUAGCAGAAGCUCUAGAUUUUACCAGUGUGAUUGAUGAAAAGGUGUUAGUCCAUCGGUGAUUAUUGGUUCUGUUUUGUGUAUGGCUCUCUGAGAAGUCCCUCUUAACACUGACACAAGUAGAAAACUCGUAGACAGCCUAAUAAACACACUGCACCACUGUUAUAGUUUAGUCCAAGCUGUAAGUUGAAAUGGAUUUUUAAUUAAUAAUAAUAAUAAAAAAAUACUAUUUCAAUACUCAUGAACGCGGCAACCCUAACCAGAGCUGCGGCCGCCCUCCUCUUAGGAUCAGUGUGUGGUGAUUUUAGUCACGGCAUAACCAAAGAGUUUAGACUCUAAUGAACAAAAUUACAUUACUUUUUUUUCCAGAGGUGUCCAUGACAAAAACAGGAUUAUUUUCAUAAAUUAAGACCUGUGUAAUAAUCUUCUACUAUGCAAUAGUUAUUUUCUUUUCGCCAUCUGUGACCACUGUUUCUUUCAAUAUUUCUCUUGGGUUGAACGUUAACAUUUUUUUUUUCUUUUGUGCACAUACAUCUGUAGGCGUUCAGGAACGGUCAACUGGCAAAACUGCUUACCUUCAUACUUUCAACGCACCUGCAGACAAGAAGUGAAGCGGGAAAUACUUAAUUUUUCAUUCUGAGCCCCAAAUUAACGUUUUUAGGAUGUAAUUUUGCCUGUUUACAGUUAUUGAUUUUGAGAUUUUGAGAGCUGGAAGGGGGAAAAAAAUCCUGAAUGCUGGUGGCGACGGAGGAGCCCGUGGCAGCUCGUGUUGCAGCUGUGUGUUGACCGCUGAAUGAACUCGUGCCGGAGGGUGUGCGUGCGCAAAAAACUGCAAACGUUCUGCCGAAGCGAAAUAUAGGUUAAUAUAGGUUCACUUCUCGGUCUUCAUCAGCAGGCGGGUCGCUUUGAUGAUGCUACAAGUCUGUGUAAACACUCACCCACAAAAUCACUGUUGUCACUCCCAGUAUAGCUGUAUGGUUGCUUUGUACCAUAUGCGAGGGCUUCGCCACAGCUCCCAUUUCAGGUACUGAUGUAAAUGGUGUAUUUAAAAGUUAUUGUAAAUGUACGUAUGAUGGCAACUCCAUGCACUGUCACGCAAACGUCAUGAGUUUUCUAUGUGAGUAUGUAGAUGCAUUUUCUUUUUUGUUUUAAAUCCAUUUCAGAUGAAAAUAACAAUUUAACUUGUAAAUAAUGAUGAUCCAGGCAAACAGCUGGUAAACCUGAUCAGUAACACAUUUAGUGAAGUACACAAAUUUGCAUUUCAGUUGUCUUUUUUUUUUUUUUUUUUUUUAAAUAUUGUGUUUUCCACUGUUGGCCUUUUUUUUUUUUUUUUUUUAUUAGAGCAUCACUAAUCAUGCACAAAUUACUCGUCCAGUUGGCACCUUAUUAUGUUAACAGGCUUGUUUUAGGAUUGCAGGGGGGCUUUUAAUUACACACUCUGUGCUUUGAUCUUAUGAAUAUGCAGUUCUCACUGAAACCUGUCCAGUUCUGUUUUCUGAUGAGAGUGAAUUUGAAAAAAAAAAAGAAAAAGAAAAAUAAGCAUUAUGUUAUUCCUCAACAAGUAAAAAGACCGAUGGGAGUUUGCUUUAUAAUUGGCGUGUGUGUGUGUGUGUGUGUGUGUGAGUGAGUGAGUGAGUUUGAGUGUGUGAAAGAAAAGAAUUGAUCAACAAAGGUCUGAGAUAGUCACUUCAUAGAUUUCUUAAAUUUCUUUCCCUCAAAAUCCACUGUCCUGCCUCCGCGUGAGGCCUUCGAAUGAUUAGAAUUCAUUUCACCACUUGAUUGGCAAACUUUGUCUUCUUUUAAAUCAUUUAUUAAGUAAUUCUUUACAUAUUUUUUAAAACUUUGCUUUAUCAUGAAAUGUGUAACGAAUUUGCAAACGCACCGGCUGAAGCGGAACGUUUCUGAAAACACCCUGUAACUUGAUGUCAUGCAAACGAGAUCCCUUGAAAAUUUGCAUACAGUUGUUGGAAAUUGUCAA